AUGUCAAAAACCAUCCUCGUUACCGCUGCUACUGGCAAGAUUGGAAAAUAUCUAGUUCCUGAUCUCAUAAAGAAGAAUUACACCGUCCACGCACUUGUCCGAUCCCUGGACUCGCCCGCUUCCUUGGAGUUGGAAGCGAUGGGUACAAAGCUCUUCAAAGGAGACUUCGAUGACCUUGAUGCCAUCAGAGCAGCUUCCAAGGGAAUUGAUGGUGUUCUCAUCAACACUGUACCUACAUAUGGAUCCAUGAAGGAAGUGGAUCAAAUUCGCAAUAUCAUUCAAGGUGCCAAAGAAGGUGGAGCUACCACUGCUGUUUACAUCAGUGCAUAUCUCCUUGAUCAAAAGGACAAUUUCCCUGGUUAUGGACCUAAGCAUCCUAUGUAUCACAUGAGCGAAUGCAAAGCCCAAGCGGAAGCAGACUUGAAGGAAGCUGGAUUUCAGUCUUGGACCGUUUUGAGACCCCCUUCCUUCAUGGACAAUCAAUUCAUGCCCCAAAUUUACGAACUUCAGUGGCCACAUUUGCAUACCGAACACACUCUUGUAACCACAUUGCCAACUACUUUCAAGUUCCCAUUGAUCGAUCCUCUAACAAUCGCAGAGUAUGCAGAAGCAGCUUUUGCUGACCCCGAGCUGUUGAAAUCGCAAAUCAUCGAGCUUGCUUCAGAUACCCCUACUUUGGACGAAAUGGCUGCUAAAAUGACUCGCGUUAUUGGCCAAGAAUUUAAGGCCAAGUGCGUACCAAAAGAGGAAGCAGCUUCUGUUGGUAUCUUUGCUGUACUGCCUCUAUGGUGGGAUGCCUUGCAGAUGUUCGAGCAUACCAUCGACCUGAAGUCCCUCCAAACAUACCCUAUCAAGCUUCAUACCUUUGGUGAUUAUCUGGAACGCAACAAGGACUGGAUUGUACCCCAGUUUGAAGACAAGAAGGAUGAAAACUAA